UACGCGACCACCGUCAGUAACCAGUGAGUUGCCCAACGGAACGGAAACCACAGUUCGGAACUAGUGGAAAACCUAGCGGUGCUGCAAACUGCUUGACACAAGUGUGACCUUGUCCGAGUAGAGGAGGGAUCUUUCUGGUCUGCUUUUUGAUUGAUUCCCGCGGUUCGAUUUCAAUCGAUCGUGCAGAAAACAACAAAACAACCGUGCCAGCUACAACAACAACAAUAACAACAACAGUGUUGUAAGAGUAAAAGAGCAAGCAAAACAGAAACAAAAAGCAAUCAUCAUGGGUGUCCAGGAUCUGCAGGAUCAUGUGCUGGUGCAGUGUGACUUCGAAAUCUUCGGCCAGGUGCAAGGUUGUGGGUUCACCAAGUGCUGCCGAGACAACUGUCUGGCGCUGGGCAUCAAGGGAUGGGUGAAAAACUCCAAGCAGGGCACCAUCAUGGGCAAGAUGCAGGGAGCCAAGGGCGAUGUCGGCAAAAUGGUCGAUUGGCUAUCGAAAACCGGCUCGCCUGGAUGCAAAAUCGACAAGGCAGAGUUCACCAACUGGGGCACCUGUUCGCGGUUGGCGUUUACUGACUUUGCGAUUAGAUUCUAAGCUACCCAUCCACCCUAUAUGGCGAGCGAUUACCUCCCCCCUAAUAAGCACUAAGCAGUGAUGUAUUCUAUUUUAAUUUGGAUAAUUAUGCUACGAUAGAGCUGCUUUGCAAAGGAAGCGCAUUAGCAGCAGGGAAGGGCUGGGACGCUUCUUCAGAAGAACGUACCCGGGUGGUAGGAGCAAUGCAAUGCGACUGGAAAGCUGUUGUUCUAGAUGAUAUUAUUACUAUGUGUUUUCUGUGUAUGUUUUAUCGUCUGUUCCGCUGCACACCGUAAUCGGUCGCUGCAUCUGCACUGUAUUCGAGUUACCGGUAUGAGAGAAGAAGGUAAAUUGACAGGGCAAAAUAAUGUGAACAUGGAAGAAAGACACGUUCUGGUGAUGAUGAUGAUGAUAAUGGUGUGUUGUGAUUCGCAUCAACAACCAUCCGGUAAAACGUGCCAAUAGGGCAUAUCCAAAGAAGAAAUCACGUACUUACGCCACACAGAUCAGUUGGAGGAGUCACACCUACAAGCAGAAGAAAAUGACACACAACAUUACUACAGCAAUUUAUCUUCCGCAAUGAACGAACUCUCUCUUCGAUAGGUUUAAGUAUAUUUGUAUAGAACUGUGUAAAUACUGUGAAUGAUGUGAAGAUAGGAGCUGAAGGAGAGCAAUAAAGCGUAAAUCUAACCUGUGAA